AUGGCUGAGAAUACACUGUCGAAAGACAUAUCUGAGAUUCAAGAUAAACAGUCCUUCAAAGAGACGACUAGGACGGGCGGAAAAAAUGACCCCAAACAAGUCCGUAAUAUAUGCAUUCUCGCACAUGUUGAUCACGGAAAGACCACUCUUGCUGACCAUCUGAUUGCCUCUUAUGGUGGGGGUGUCCUUCACCCAAAGCAAGCAGGCAAACUCAGAUUCAUGGACUACUUGGACGAGGAACAGAGGCGUGCUAUCACCAUGAAGAGCUCAUCCAUUGCUCUCCAGUUCAAAGACCAUUUCAUCAAUUUAAUAGAUUCCCCGGGCCACAUGGAUUUCUGUAGUGAGGUCUCAACCGCUGCCCGGUUGAGUGAUGGUGCGUUGGUGUUGGUGGAUGCCGUUGAGGGUGUUCAUAUUCAGACGCAUGCCGUGUUGCGCCAGGCCUGGAUCGAGAAACUAACCCCGUGUUUGGUUUUGAAUAAGGUCGACCGGCUGAUAUGUGAGUUGAGAUUGAGUCCCAUGGAAGCCUAUAACAGGUUGCUGAGGAUCGUCCAUGAGGUCAACGGAAUAGUUAGUACAUUUAAGUCUGAGAAGUACUUGUCUGAUGUUGAUUCCUUGCUUUCGGUUGCCCCAUCCGGUGAUGAGGUGAAUUACGAGUCUGUUGAGGAUGAUGAGGAGGAUGCUUUUCAACCACAGAAAGGAAAUGUGGUCUUCGUUUGUGCUCUGGAUGGGUGGGGAUUCCGUGUUCACGAUUUUGCUGAGUUUUAUGCUACUAAGUAUGGGCAGAGCUUGGACGUUUUACAGAAGUCAUUAUGGGGACCUUGGUACUACAAUGCCAAGACUAAGAAGAUUGUGCGGAAGAAAGGUAUAAGCAGCACAUCAAAUCCUAAGCCCAUGUUUGUGGAGCGUAUUCUGGAGCCCCUGUGGUAUGUUUAUCAGGUUGUUCUGGAAGCCGAUGCUGAUAGGGGAAUUCUUGAAAAGGUUAUAAAAAAUUUUCAUCUAUCCAUACCUUCACAUGAACUUCAGAAUAAAGACCCUAAGGCCGCACUUCAAGCCGUUAUGAGCCGUUGGCUCCCAUUAUCUGAUACUAUCUUGUCCAUGGUCAUCAAGUGCAUGCCCGACCCUGCUGCCGCACAGUCUUUCCGAAUAUCUAGAUUGCUUCCCAAAAGAGAGAGUAUCAAUAAUGGUGGUGAUCCUGAUGAUGUGCUUCGUGAGGCAGAACUGGUAAGGAAAUCUGUAGAGGCUUGCGAAUCGGGUCCCGGCGACCCGUGUGUUGCGUUCGUCUCUAAAAUGUUUGCGGUCCCCAUGAAGAUGCUUCCACGUGAGGAGAUUGUGAACAAGUACUCUAUGGAUGAUGGGGAUUCAGAAGAGUGCUUCCUUGCAUUCGCGAGGGUCUUCAGCGGGACUCUCUUCGCAGGGCAGAGGGUUUUCGUGCUUUCAGCACUGUAUGAUCCGCUCAAGGUGGAUGAAUCCAAGCAGAAGCAUGUCCAGGAAGCUGAUGUGCAGUCAUUGUAUCUAAUGAUGGGUCAGGGUUUAAAACCAGUUGCCUCUGUAAGUGCUGGUAAUAUUGUCGCCAUACGGGGGCUCGGGCAGCAUAUACUGAAGACUGCUACACUUUCUUCAACGAUAAAUUGUUGGCCUUUUUCGAACAUGGUUUUUCAAGUUUCCCCGACACUUAAGGUCGCAAUUGAGCCGUCAGAUCCUGCUGAUAUGGGCGCACUCAUGAAUGGCUUACGUCUGUUGAACCGUGCGGACCCUUUUGUCGAGGUCUCUCUUUCCUCUAGAGGGGAGCAUGUUCUGGCUGCUGCGGGUGAAGUUCAUUUGGAGAGAUGCGUGAAAGAUUUAAAGGAGAGGUUUGCGAAGGUGAGUCUUGAAGUCUCGCCCCCGCUCGUCUCCUAUAAAGAGACGAUUGAGGGAGAGAUGAUGACUAGUCAUCCUUUGGAGAAUAUGAAAUUAUUUAACGGUGGAAGCUCCGAAUGUGUGGAGAAAACAACACCGAACGGCAGGUGUGUGGUCCGUGUGCAGGUCGCGAAACUUCCAGUUGCUCUUGCUAAGCUGCUGGAUGAGAGUUCUGAACUGCUAGGAGAUAUAAUUGGUGGCAAAUCUAAACAGGCUCUAAAAAGCCUGGAAACCUCUAGGGGUACCAUAGUGGAAGACGAGAAUCCAAUAGAGGCACUCAGGAAAAGGAUGAUGGAUGCUGUAGAGAGUGAAUACCUUUCCACCGAGAACACUGAGGUGGAGAGGGAUCAUCGCAUUGAAAAAUACCAGAAAUUUUGGAAAAACAAUUUCAAGAGGAUUUGGGCAUUGGGCCCAAAGCAGGUGGGUCCCAACAUUCUCUUCACUCCAGACACAAAAAGGAGCCUGGAGGGUGGUUCGGUUCUUCUGAAGGGCUUCCCUUACGUUUCCGAUAAAUUAGGCUUUCUAGAUGCUGAUGAAUCACCAUCUUCAUCAUCAUUAUCAUCAUCAACGCCAGAUGAUGAAAUGUUGUUAAGAGAAGCCGAGAGUUUGGAGAGCUGUGUUUUGUCCGGAUUCCAGCUGGCCACCUCGUCCGGUCCGUUGUGCGACGAGCCCAUGUGGGGUCUGGCCUUUUUCAUUGAGGCUUCCGUGUACCCCAUUGACCAGCAGUCAACUAGCGAUAAUUCCCUGACCCAACAACACCAGCAGCCCGAGCCAUACGGUGUCUUCACAGGGCAGGUCAUGACAGCUGUUAAGGAAGCUUGCAGGGCAGCCGUGCUACAGAACAAACCUAGGCUCGUUGAGGCUAUGUACUUCUGUGAACUGAAUACCCCCACCGAGUAUCUGGGGCCCAUGUAUGCAGUUCUUUCGAGAAGGCGGGCCCGGGUUCUGAAGGAAGAAAUGCAGGAAGGGUCAUCUUUGUUCACUGUGCACGCUUAUGUACCGGUUGCUGAGAGCUUUGGAUUUGCAGACGAGUUGAGAAGAUGGACUUCCGGGGCAUCAAGUGCGCUUCUUGUUUUUAGCCACUGGGAGAUGCUUUCGGAGGACCCAUUUUUCGUGCCCAAAACGGAGGACGAGCUUGAGGAGUUUGGGGAUGGGUCGAGCGUGCCACAGAAUACUGCCAGGAAGCUCAUUAAUGCCGUGAGGAGGCGAAAGGGGCUUCCUGUGGAGGAGAAAGUGGUGCAGCAUGCGACCAAGCAGAGGACUUUGGCUCGUAAAGUGUAG